AUGUUAGUUGUCGAUUGUCUUCCACAAACAAGUGUAAUUCAACAAAUGACAGAAACAAUGGAUAAUGAUAAAUCUUCGAAUAUACAGAUGUCUAAACCAAUGAUUAAUGAUAAUCACAAUUCAAUCUCUACGAUUGAAAUUCCACUCUUAUCAUUAAAACCAAUUUUGGCCGUCUCAUCAAAUUAUAUUUUGGUAAAUGAAUAUACGAAGAAAAAGAAACAAUUAAUACUUAUAGAUGAAAAUUGUAAUAGAUCUUCAAUAAAUUAUUCAAUAGCAGAAAAUAUUAUAGAUGCACUAUGGUUUGAUAUGGAACAAAAAUUUUUUUUACUUACAGAAACAAAAAUUUUUACCUUGAAUCCAAAUACAAAAAUUAUCAAAUCAAUAUCUGAUAUAAAAUUGAAUAACAAAAAACCCUUUAAAUGUUUUACAGUAAUAAAUAAUCAAUCAUCAUUAUUAAUUGUUUAUGAUGAAUGGGAACCAAAAUUUAUUGAUAGAUGGCAAAAAAAUAAUGACAAUAGUCAUUGGAUAUUAAGUGAAAGAUAUUCAUUGAAUUUAACUUCGAAUGAAUUUAUUGGAACAAUUUUAGCAAACAAUCAAGAUGAUAAUGUUUAUCUUGCUAUGACAGUUUAUAAUUGUCUUACUCAACAAUGGCGUAUGGAAUUACGAUAUAUAGAAACAUUAAUUUGUUUUAAAAAAAUUUUACUUCCUGGCUCUGAUUUCACAGAUGAUUAUAGAAUGAUUGAUAUGAAUAAUAUUACAUUAGAUAUUAAAUGGUUAAUAUAUUCAACAGCUAAUAAUAAGAUUAUAGGAAUUGAUUCAAAUUGGAAUAGAAUACUUUUAAAUUAUAAACUUCCAGUACAUAGAAUGGUACAAUUUAAAGAGAACAAUUUAAUUAUACGAACGAAAACACGUAUUGAAAUUCAUUGUUUUUUGCUUUAA